ACAGGCUGUCAGAAGCAAAACUGUAUCUAUGUACAAUUUCUUUUUAUAUAUUUCUAUUUGAACAGUUAGUUACAGAAGUUAAAUAAAUACAACGGAGUAUUUUCCUUGAUUUCGUCUCGUUAAAUACUGAAAGUUUAUAAUCAUUGAGACCAUUUGCAACAAGGUAACAUGUCCGCACCGCCGCCUCACACAGACCGAGAAUUAGAUCUGAGCAACGCAGGACGAGGAGUAUGGCUGGUCAAGGUUCCUAAAUAUAUUGCCAACAAGUGGGAAAAGGCUCCAGGAAAUAUCGAAGUCGGCAAGCUGAAGAUCACCAAAAAUCCAGGGGCCAAAGCAGAAGUUUCUCUAAGACUUUCGGAAGCAGUUUUAGCUCUGAAGGAACGCGACGAAGAAGAAAUUCCAAAGGCACACAGGCUGGAUGUAACCACUGUCACUCGUCAAAUGCUCGGUGUAUUUUCUCACGUCACACCUGCCAGCACUUCGGAUGCUAUUGUUCCAGAGACUGAGAAACUCUUCAUGGAGGGCAGAAUAGUGCAGAAACUUGAGUGCCGUCCUUAUGCUGACAACUGCUAUAUGAAGCUUAAGUUAGAAAGCAUAAAACGAGCAUCAGUGCCUCAGAGGCAAGUUCAACAGCUCGACAGGGUUGUACAGAAUUUCAAACCUGUAUCCGAUCACAAACACAACAUUGAAUAUGCCGAAAAGAAGAAGGCGGAGGGCAAGAAAAUGAGAGAUGACAAAGAUGCGGUGUUGGAGAUGCUGUUUGCAGCAUUUGAGAAACAUCAGUACUACAAUAUUAAGGAUCUAGCCAAAAUCACCAGGCAGCCUAUCGUUUACUUGAAAGAAAUUUUGAACGAAGUCUGUAAUUACAACUUGAAGAACCCGCACAGAAAUAUGUGGGAAUUGAAACCUGAGUAUCGUCAUUACAAAGAUGAUCAGAAACCAGCAGCAACAGCUGCAAAAGUUAAUGACUCGGAUGAUGAUUAGCGUUUUGUUCUGUAUACUUUUUUACAAUAUUUGGACGAUUUGCUGCCUGUGAUUUGCCCGUUUAGAUCUUAUUUUACCGAGAUCACUAGAUAUAAGCAAUCAACUCAAAAAUCGAAUCAAUUUAUUGAAUGCAAAUUUAUUCGACUUGGAAAGGCAAAUGUUACCAUUCCAUGAAUAGCCUCAGUAAAUUUAAGCAGAAUUUGCAAGAUAGUAACGUGAUGAAUCGCUGCUAUGGAAUUUUUUUUUUUAUAUCGACGCCAAGCAGAGGGAGAAACCAAAAGACUUUUGUGUGAGAUUGAACUUAAUUCUCUUGUCAUCGGAUUCGAGCAAUAUGGAAAUUUAAAAAAUUCGCAUUCGAUGAUUUGUGAAUAGUGGUAUAUCGUAUUUAUUUUUACAACAAUCGGCUGGAUGUGAAGCGAGAAGUUGAAGAAGCAAAGACUCUAUCUCAAAUAUAGAUUUGUUCAUAUUCUUACUCGACAUAAGUUUCCUCUGUAAAUAUUGAAGAGAAUCUAAAAAUACAAUGGUGCGUAGGAAUAAAAUAUAUCAAAACAUAAUGAAACAGUAAUUCACUUU